AUGGACAAUGAGCUCGGAAAGGUUAUGCGAAACCAGGCCAAGCUCUUGUACCGUCGUUUCGUCGGCCAACAGCCUCAUCUCCUCGCCGUCACACUGCUCCUCGUCGUGUCUUCGCUGGCGGUAAUGACCAUGCUGUCAAUUGACGGCGUGUAUGCCCUCUUGAGCGGCACACAUGGCGUCAUGGCCGUGUCUGUAGCAGGCGCAGUAGCGGCUGCCUACGUUUACGCCCUGUCGUUGCGGCCGGUGUACCUGGUGGACUUCGCCGGCUACAAGCCUGCGCCGGCGCACGAGUUGACCCGCGCCCGGUCCAUCCACCAUUACAGGCUAACCGGUGCGUUCAACGCGGAGAGCAUGGAUUUCCAGAAGAGGGUUCUGGAGCGGUCAGGGCUCGGCGAGGCGACGCACUUCCCUGCGUCCCUCAUCAGGGUGCCACUGGACAUGUGCCUCCGCACCGCCAAAGAGGAGUCCCACACCGUCAUUUUCGGUCUGAUCGACGAUCUGCUGGCCAAGACCCGCGUGCGGCCGGACGACAUCGGUGUGGUCAUCGUGAACUCCAGCCUCUACAGCCCCACGCCGUCCUUCACCUCGCUAGUGGUGAACCGCUACUGCUUGCGCGACGAUGUCGUCACCCACAACCUCAGCGGCAUGGGCUGCAGCGCCGGCGUCAUCGCUAUUGACCUCGCCAGGCACCUGCUUCAGGUGUACGACGACACAUACGCACUGGUUGUCAGCACGGAGAAUAUCACCCUAAACGGGUACUUGGGCAACAACCGGACCAUGUUGGUGACCAACAUGCUGUUCCGGAUGGGCGGCGCGGCAGUUCUUCUGUCGAACCGUCGCGACCAGCGGCGACGCGCCAAGUACCAGCUGAUCCAUACGGUGCGCACGCACCAUGGCCCUAGCGACAAGAGCUACGCGUGCGUGAUGCAGGAGGAAGACGAGGUCGGGAACUUGGGCGUGUCACUCUCCAAGGAUCUCAUGUCCGUAGCCGGCGACGCGCUCCGCACCAACAUCACCACCCUUGGCCCGCUCGUUCUGCCGCUACGUGAGCAGCUCCGGUUCCUUGGCGCCGUCGUGCUCAAACGGGUGUUCCGUACUACAGUGAUGUCGUGCCUCCCCGACUUCACUCUGGCGCUGGAGAACUUCUGCAUCCACGCAGGGGGGCGAGGCGUGCUGGACGAGCUGCAGAAAAGCCUGAAGCUGGGUGAGUGGCACAUGGAACCCUCGAGGAUGACCCUCUGCAGGUUCGGCAACACGUCGAGCAGCUCGCUGUGGUACGAGCUCGCCUACUGCGAGGCCAAGGGCAGGAUCAAGAGGGGAGACCGUGUGUGGCAGAUUGCGUUUGGCUCCGGGUUCAAAUGCAACAGCGCGGUGUGGAAGGCGCUCAGGACGGUCGAGCGCGCCGCUGCCGUGGAGGAGGGCAGCCCCUGGGCACAAGACAUCGACGUUCUUCCGGUCCAUGUGCCCAAGGUGAUGCCCAUCAAUGAGGAUGCGUCGUAUGUACCAGCUGUGUAGUGUUUGCGUCGUCGGGUGGAAAUAAUGGAA